AUGUCUCGGGUUGAGGAGAAGUUGAGGUUGUGUUUUGAAAAUGGUAACUGUUAUGAGGCACAUCAGAUUUAUCGCACAUUGUACAAUCGAUUGUCUAACCAAGGGAAAUGGCAAGAGUUACAGGAUAUGCUCUUCAGUGGUAUAUUGCGACUUCUAGCAGAAAGGGAAGCAGCAAGUGCAAUCGAUCUUGCCGAACUAUUUGUAGAGGCUUUGGAGAAGUCGAAAACACCUGUCUCUUCAGUUGUUUUAGAUCGUUUCGAUGAAUUGCUUAAUCUUUUGCCAGCUCAACUGGAAAAUGAUUUGGAAGCCAAUUCGGAGCGAGAAGAUCGAAGAUUGCAAUAUAUAUCACUAGGUAUUAAAUGGUCGAUGGCUGUAGGGGAUAGGAAGCGCUAUCGGCGACGGGGUCAUCCCGGAUUGCAUUUUCGCAUUGCAAAGUUGCUGUGGCGUGAAGGAAAUUACACCAACGCGAGAAGUCAUUUUAUGUAUUCUGAUAAUCCAGAAACAUUUGCUGUGUUUCUUACUGAAUAUCAGAUGAAGUACGGGUAUACUACGGAAAAAGAUUUGUUCAUAGCACAAGCUGUUAUGCAGAUGCUAUGCGAUCAGAAGCCGAAGAGUGCCUUCAAAUUACUGCAAUGCUAUUGUGAUAUUCAUCCUGAUAUUAGAAGUGGAUUUCCAUAUCCAUUUCCAUUGCUCAACUUUCUACACUUUACGAUAAUAUGUAUUGCUAAUAAAGAGAUAACUUACUUCUCAGUGCUAAUCGACCAGUAUGAAAGUGAAAUCAGUCAUGAUCCGGAGUAUAAACAACUUUUGGAUAGGAUAGGUCAAAUAUACAUGGGUUUACCACAACCACAACCAGCUCCGGCUGGUUUCUUAGGAAAUAUGAUUAAAGGCUUGUUAAGAUCACCAGAAAAUGAAUCAGGAACAGCUGAAGAAUUUGAAAUAGAUUCGGAGGAAAUGCUUUACAUACCGCUUAGCAGCAAAACUGAAUGCUUGGCGGGUACAUCCAAAAGCAGAACAGCAGGUAGAGUAUUUCAAACGGAUGAAGCACAGACCGAUGAUAUCACAGAUGAUAUGGAUUUAGACUGA